AUGGAAUGCGUUGAAGGCGCUUUGAAGACCAGUUUUAGAAAAGAAAUGGGCUUGAAAUUUAGCCCGCAAGUUUUAGAUGAUUUUUGGGCAGUCAAUGUUCCAAACGGCAUGUCGUCUGAUGAUUUCUCUGUUGACGAACUCUUAGACUUCUCUAACGAAAACGGCUUCAUUGAAGAAGAAGAAGAAGAAGAGGGAGAUGAAGAGAAACCUUGUCUUGUUUCUGUUUCUGUUUCUCAUGCACAAGGAACCAUGGAAGAAGAGAAAAACGGAGACAAUAGUCCUGAUUUUGCUGUCAAAGAAGAAUUUGUUUCUGUUCCUACAAGUGAACUUGGUGUGCCGACGGAUGACUUAGCAAGUCUUGAAUGGCUGUCACAGUUUGUGGAAGAUUCCAACUCGGAAUAUGCUGCACCGUUUCCGGCAAGUGUCUUGCCACCGGAGCCGAAAAAUGAGAACCUGUUGGAACAGGAGAAGUCAGUUCUGACAGAGCCUUGUUUCAAAACUCCUGUUCCAGCAAAGGCUAGGAGCAAGAGAACAAGAACUGGUGUAAGAGUUUGGUCACUUGGGUCUCCCUCUUUAACAGAAUCAUCAACGAGUUCUUCCUCUUCAACAUCCUCUUCGAGCCCUCCAAGCCCUUGGUUAAUUUACACUAAACCCAAUUUGCAUGUUGAACCGGCUUGGUUUGAGAAACAGGUGACUAAAAAGAUGAAGAAAAAACCGGCUGUCGAGGCAGCGGCAAUUGGAGGUGCUACCGGCGGUGGUUCACACUCGUCAAGGAGGUGCAGCCAUUGUGGGGUUCAAAAGACUCCACAAUGGAGAGCCGGUCCAAAUGGUUCCAAAACCCUAUGCAAUGCUUGUGGGGUUAGAUACAAGUCGGGUCGGUUACUGCCCGAGUACAGACCGGCUUGUAGCCCAACUUUUUCGAAGGAAUUGCACUCGAACCAUCACCGCAAAGUGCUUGAAAUGCGAAAGAAAAAGGAGGUUUUGGUACUGACUGAACCAGGGUGGGUGAGGCCGUUGGAAAGCAUGAACAUUAUGAUGAAGCAAGGUGGUGUCCUAUCCUAUGUAUUGGGUAGUGAAGAGGGAAGAUGCGUUUCUAUAAUGGGUUUUGAUGCUGCUGAUAUGGACCACCCUUUGUUUGCAUAA